AUGGCUUCCGAUGCAGAGAUGACUGAGGCGUCUCCCGUUGACACCUUGCCGCAACCCCACGACGGUGGCCGCAUGCACAUGUCCUCCAUAUCUUCGUCUUCUUCCAUCUCCGACGCCGAGAACGAACGUCGCGGUCGAUCUGAACGUCCCCGCAUGGCGAGCCGCAAACCCAGAGGAAUUCCCCCUGACGACGCUCGCGCCAUGAGCCCACGCCGCAAUUCUGCCGAUCUCGAGCGUCUGGGCAAGGAGGCUCGCCAGACCCUUCAGGAGCAAGCCAAGGCCCUCCAAUCCUCUCUUCAGGCCCUUGCGGAGCGCAUCGAUGCCGUCAAGUCCGACCACGACAAGCUGGAGAAUGAGAACAAGAUCCUACAGGACUACAUUGGUGGCCUUACUCGCAACAUGACCAAGGGCGAAAUGACUCGAAGUACCAAGGCGCGCAAGGCUCAAAAGUAA